AUGCAAAGUAAAAGUUGUGAGACGUCCAGUGCUCCAUGUCUAGCGGUAUCUUCUCCGAAUCGGACGGCACCUGCACCAUUGUCUACACCUGCGUGUAACGGGCCGGGUGCAUCCUGGACCUGGGGUGCCAGAACAGCAAUCCCUGCUGUCUCCCUCGGCAGAAGUGCGUCAGCCUCCCUCAGGUCCUCACACAUGCCUGCCACGGAUCUCAACGUCGACGCUAUCAAGGAGAAACUACUAGACAAUCGUAUACCCGAGUCGUGUGUAUAA